AAAGUCAACACCGCACUCUCUCUCACUCGCUCAUGGCGCUCGUGCGCUUCAUCUUCUUCCUCCUCCUCUUCAUCUCCUCCUCGUCCUCGUCCUCGUCCUCGUCCUCCUCCCUCUUCCCCCUCGAAGCUCGCCCCACCAUGUCCGGGUACCUCCCCAUCUCCUCCUCGUCCUCUUCCCCAGCGCUCUUCUUCGCCUUCUACGAAGCGCAACUCCCCCUCUCCCCGCUCGCCUCCACCCCAAUCCUUCUCUGGCUCCAGGGUGGCCCUGGUUGCUCCUCCAUGCUCGGCAACCUCUUCGAGCUCGGCCCAUGGCUCCUCUCCCCCUCCGACGAACCCUCCCUCCGCCCCAACCCCUUCUCCUGGAACCGCCGCUUCGGGCUCCUCUUCGUCGACAACCCCCUCGGCUCCGGCUUCAGCUCCGCCGCCGACGCCGCGGCGAUCCCCCGCGACCAGCCCACCGUCGCCGCGCACCUCUGGGGCGCGCUCCAGGGGUUCCUCGCGCGCAACGCCACGCUCCGCGCGCGGCCCCUCUUCCUCACGGGCGAGAGCUACGCGGGCAAGUACGUCCCCGCCGCGGGCGCCCUCAUCGCGGCGUGGAGCGCGCGGGCGCCGCCGAGCCGCCGCGUCAACCUCCGCGGCGUCGCGGUCGGGAACGGGCUCACCCACCCCGCCGCGCAGGUGGCCACGCACGCCGCCUCCGCGUACUUCUCCGGGCUCAUCAACGAGCGGCAGCGGCGUUUCCUCGAACACCUUCAGGGCGCCGCGGUGAACCUGACCCUCGCGGAGAAAUGGGCCGAGGCGUCCGACGCGCGCGGCAAGGUGCUCGAGUGGCUCCAGAACGCCACCGGUUUGGCGACCCUCUACGACCUAACCAAGAAGAAACCCUACCAAACCGCCAUUGUUGGCGACUUCCUCAACAGGGACGAGGUGAAGGAGGCGCUCGGCGUCCCAAAGGAGCUAACUUGGGAGGAGUGCAGCGCGGAGGUCGCAGAGGCCAUGCACGAGGACGUGAUGAAGAGCGUCAAAUCCAUGGUGGAGGAGCUCCUGACAAAGGUCAGGGUUUUGCUGUACCAGGGGGUGUUCGAUCUCAGGGACGGGGUGGUGUCGACGGAGGCGUGGGUGAGGGAGAUGGAGUGGGGAGGGUUGGAGAGCUUCUUGGGUGCGGAGAGGAAGGUGUGGGAGGUGGAUGGGGAGCUCUUCGGGUACGUGCAGCGGUGGGGGCCGUUGAGCCAUGUGGUGGUUUCUGGGGCCGGGCAUCUAGUCCCGGCCGAUCAGGGUGCCGCUGCGCAGGCCAUGAUCGAGGAUUGGGUGAUGGAGAAGGGAUUGUUUAGUAAUGGUGACACGAAGAAUAACAACAACAACAACAACAACAACAACAACAACAACAACAAGGAAAAGGAUGAUAUAUUGAGGGGAUCUUAUUGACCCCUGCAAAGAGGGGGUUGGGGGGUGCCGCAUUACCCCUCCUAAGUUUCGAAGAGCUAAUUACAAUUACAAUAUCUUUCUGAAAGCAUGAAUUGGGCAAUGGAGAGUACUAUAGUGUGUUUCUGAAAAUACACUAGCUUGCGAAUUCCUUCUCAUUAAGGCUAGGUAUCUUUACUUUCUUCCACAAAUUGCAUAAUGUUUAUUAAGUGAUGAAGGGAAUAAGGUUAAUUAUGUGUCGUGCAUAGUAUCUUUCAGAAAAAGAAGCAGUACCUGGGUUUUCUUCUUGUCAAGGCUCAGAUAUGUAUCUUUUUCACUCUUGUGUGUAUGUAUAGUUGUAAACUUGUGCCAUUAGUUGGAGCCAUGAGCUUUCCAAACCAAAAAUAAACUAUUAACAGGUUGCACGUAAUCGCCCAUUUA